CCCUAUUUGUUUUGCUUCUUCCACUGCAUCCCCCCCUUCCCUAUCCCUCCCCUUUACCCCUUUGGGUUGCCCACGUCCGAAACGUCCAGAAGCGGAAUUGAUUGAGUUUCGGGCCGAAUCGAUGAGUGGGCGCUUUGCCGACCCCACGGAGCAUUUAAAUGUGACCAGCAGUGUGGUACGGCACGUGAGAUGCGGGCUGGAAGCGCACACGCAUGCUGCUAACGGCGCUAGAAAGUAGCGCGCUCAUCGAGAAAACGACUGCUUAUCUCGCGCGCCCUCAGCCUCGUCACGAUCGUUAUCGCGUCCCGCAGUCCCUAAAACCAGUGUGAGAGUGAUUGUGAGCGGUGGCUGGAGAUCCUGUUUGCUGUUUGCUUGCGGUUGUCUUGUAUAAGGGAGAGGAUGGAUUUCGUAGAAGAAUUCACCGACGAGGAGCGGUUAAAAAUUGAGCAAGAUUUCUCCCGCCUGGCAGACAAAUGCUAUCUGGACCACGCGGGCACGGCACUGUACGGCGAGUCGCAGCUGCGCGCCGUCCAGGAGCUGCUGGCGGGCGGCCUGUACUGCAACCCGCACACCAGCCGCACCAUGGAGGACCUGAUCGAUCUGGUGCGGUACCGGGUGCUGCGCUGGUUCCAGACCCGGCCGGCCGACUACAGCCUGGUGUUUACCUCUGGCACGACCGCCAGCCUGAAGCUGGUCGCCGAGUCGUUCGAGUUCGGACCGGGCGACGCUGAGCCGGGCUCGUUCGUCUACCUGCGCGACAGCCACACGUCCGUGCUGGGGAUGCGCGAGCUCGUCCGCACGGGGCGGGUGCAGCCGAUCGAGCGGGCCGAGCUGCUGCAGGCGCUGAACGAACCGGAGGACCCGCGGCGCCAGCACCCCCAUCGACCCUCGCUACUCGUCUUUCCCGCCCAGUGCAACUUUAACGGCGCCAAGUACCCGCUGGAGCUGUGCGAGCUGAUCGAGCGGAACGGGCUGCGCGGGUACGGCGGGGACGCGUUUCACGUCUGUCUCGAUGCGGCCAGCCACGUCUCGACCAGCCCGCUCGAUCUGUCCCGCUACCGGCCGAGCUUCGUCUGUCUGUCGUUCUACAAGAUCUUCGGCUACCCGACCGGGCUGGGCGCGCUGCUGGUACGCCGGGACGCGGAACCGCUGCUGCGCGGGAAGCGGUACUACGGCGGUGGCACGGUCAAGAUAGCGCUGAGCGGGCCGGACCGGUUCCACGAGCGGCGGGACGCGCUAGCGGACCGCCUCGAGGACGGCACGAUCAACUUCCUCUCGAUAGCGGCGCUGCUGCCGUGUCUGGAGACGCUCACGCGCCUCAUCCCCGGCGCCACGAUGGACCGGAUCCAGCGGCACACCUUCCAGCUCGCCCGCUACUGCUACCGGGAGCUGCAGGCGCUGCAGCACGCAAACGGCGGCCGGGUGGUCGACCUGUACCACGAUACCGCGUUCGGGGACGCCCGCACGCAGGGCGCCAUCGUCAACUUUAACGUGCUGAACGACGACGGUGGGCACGUGGGGUUCGCCGAGGUGGCGUGUAUGGCCGCCAACCACGGCAUCUAUCUGCGCACCGGGUGCUUCUGCAAUCCGGGCGCCUGCCAGCGCCACCUGCGGCUCGCCGAUGACGAUCUGCUGCGCCACUACCGGGCCGGGCACGUGUGCGGCGACGCGAACGAUCUGAUCGACGGGCAGCCGACCGGGUCGGUGCGCGUCUCGUUCGGGUACUGCACGCGCCGGUCCGACGUCGACCGGCUGGUGGCGAUGGUGCGCCGGUGCUACGUGCGCCGCUCGAUAACCGGGCCGCUGUCGCGCGCGGACGUCCUGGCGCAGUACAAAAGCUACGAUCGGCCGCGGCUGGUGCAGCUCUGCCUGUAUCCGGUCAAGUCGUGCGGUCCGCUGCGCGUCACUACCGGUGGGUGGCCGCUCGCCCCGACCGGGCUGCUCUACGACCGCGCGUUCCUGAUCGUGGACGAGCAUGGGGCCGCGAUGACGCAGAAGAAGCUGCCGACGAUGUGCCGCAUCCGGCCGGACAUUGCGGACGGGCGGCUGGUGCUGCGGCACGCCGACCUCGAGGACGAGCCGCUGACGAUUGAGCUGGAGGGCGGCGGUGAGGCGGGCGAGCCGGCCGCCGCACACCUCUGCCAGACGAAGGUGUGCCGGGACAGCGUGCAGGGCGUGGACUGUGGCGAGCGGGCGGCCGACUGGGUCAGCCGGGCGCUCGGCGUGUCCGGGCUGCGGUUGCUGCGCCAGUCCGGGCAGGAGCCGCGCCGCCAGCGCCAAACCGACCGCGCACUGUCGCUCAACAACCAGGCCCAGCUGCUGCUCGUCAACCGCACGUCGGUCCGGUGGCUGCGCGACAAGGUCGGGGACGGAGAUUGGGACGGCGCGGACGCACCGUCGCUCGACGCGCUGGUCGACCGGUUCCGGGGCAACCUGAUCGUCGAGACGGUCCGCCCGCUGGAGGAGUCGGACUGGCGGCGGGUGCUCGUCGGCCCCAGCCAGUUCACCGUCGACGGGCCGUGCACCCGCUGCCAGAUGAUCUGCAUCGAUCAGGCGACGGGCGAGCGGACGGCGGAGCCGCUGCGCACGAUCAGCCGCGAGUUUGGCGGGCGGAUGCGGUUCGGCGUCUACCUGUCGCUGGCGGGCGAUUGGGCCGACCGGGAGCUGCCCCUCGGUGCGACGGUUUCGGGUGUAAUCGAGGAAAGCGAAUAGCGAUUUCGGGGGAAUUGAUGGUCAAAACCUUUUUUUCCUUUUUGUUUUGCUAAACACACACGCAUUAAACGCACACUGAGCAUUAAACAUUGCGGUUUACCCACAAACAACGCACCUGGAUACUUUAGCAAUAAAAAAAAACGGACUAGAAGAAACACCACCGCA